GUAAGAUAUAUAGGUCAUACAAGAAGAAUUCUGUACUAGCAUCAUGUAUAUAUGCAAUAUUAAUAAUAGAACUCAAAAAGGAGUAUAAUCUCAUCCCUAACCGAUAUCAUCAUAUUAUUGAGCUUCCUUCCUGCUCAGUGCUAACCAACCAUAGAAAAACAGAAGCUACUCAUCGAUCAAGCAAACUGGAGUGGAAAUGCGUCUAUCAUUUGCAUCUUCGAGCCUGCUUAUCUUACCUCUUCUACUUGUCUUAUUGAUUGCAGAAGUAAAUAGUGCGAGGAAGAUCACUAUUGGAAACGGGGAUGAAGAACAUCUACUGCUACCAACCCAUGAUCAUGAUCACUCAUCAUCAUCUUCAAACAAGAAUCAUAUGGACCCCUCCCUAAAUGUUUUCUUCAACCCAGUAGAUCUCAGGCUAGGAAAAACAAUGCCCAUAUAUUUUUCCAAAAGAGGCCCUUCUGUUUCUCCCAAGUUGCUUUCUAAACAAGAAGCUGAUUCCAUACCUUUCUCAACCUCAAACCUUCCAUACCUUCUUGAGUUCUUCUCAUUUCUCCAGGACUCCCCCCAAGCCAAAGCCAUAGAAUACACACUAACGCAGUGUGACCUUGAACCCAUCAAAGGAGAGUCCAGGUUCUGUGGCACCUCCCUAGAAUCCAUGGUUGAUUUUGCAACUGCCCUAUUUGGAUCAGGCACCCAACUAAAGGUCCUGACCACCUCCCCUCUCUCAAACACAGCCCCUCUUCUACAGAACUACACCGUUUUGGAAACACCAAAUGAGAUCCAUGCUCCCAGAAUGAUUGGCUGCCACACCAUGCCUUACCCUUACGCAGUUUUCUACUGCCAUAGCCAAGAAAGCGAGAACAAGCUGUUCCAGGUUUGGCUGGGCGGGGAGAACGGAGAGAGGAUUCAUGCUGCUGCUGUAUGCCACAUGGAUACUUCUCAGUGGGACAGCAGCCAUGUGGCGUUCCAAGUGCUUGGGGCUGAGCCUGGAACCUCUCCUGUCUGCCAUUUCUUUCCUUCAGAUAAUCUAGUCUGGGUGCCAUCAUUGCCAGCUUAAAUAGCAGUUUGAUUAGAUUAUUGGAUUUGUGUGAAUUUGUGAAUUAUGUAUAUAUAUCACGAUUUACAGGUGCCAUGAAUGUUGAAUAUCGGAUUAUAGAUAUCAGAGAAGAUUUUGCUUAGUUAUUUUGAACAUAUAUAUGCAUCGUUUUACAGUUUUACGCGAUUGUGUUUAUAUAUAUGCGUAAUAACGUUUCUAUAUGGACAUUAUUGGUUUGUGGCUUAAAUUAACGAGUCCAUCAAUUAUUUUUUGUUGGAAGCUCAUAUAAUUAAUUAACCUAAUUCUAUUAGGUUUUCGGUUUUGUGUCUUGCACUGUAAAUUUAUGUUUUAUUCACCAAUUAAGUUGUAGGAGACAAAAGAGCCGUAAUUUAGGGAUAUUGGGAAGUAACCGCAAUUUAGGGUUCCAUAGAAGUUGUUUUUCUAUUUGAUGUUUCUCUGUUAUGAGUGUAUUUUUGGUGUGUGAUCAGGUUUUUGGAUUUGA